ACAGCACGUCGGAAAUUGACAAGAGAACAUACCGCGGGCUAAACAAAUGGAACUGUUUUACGAGGAAAAGCUGCUUGUACCUUUUGGGACGAAACAUCUCGAUGCUGCGUUAACCGUUCCUGCAGAGUCGAGUAAUGUCCGCACAGCUAUGAUACUUACGCAUGGUGCUGGAGGUGAUAUGAACUUCAAACAUCUGGUUUCUAUGGCUCAUGCUGCGGCCUCGAAAGGGAUAGUUUGUCUCCGCUUCACGUGUAGAGGUUUAAAUUUUGCUUACAGGCUUAAGGCUUAUCAUGCCGUUUGGGAUUAUGUUCAAGACCUCAAGCAAUUCACACUAAGAAAAAUAUUUAUUUGUGGCCGAUCUAUGGGGUCUCGUGUAGCCUCUGCCCUGGCCAGGCAGCUCAGUGAAGGGACUGAGGAUACAGUCCAGGGCCUGGUCUGUCUGUCCUUCCCUCUGUACCCCCCAAGCCAGAAACAAACUCACUGCCAGAGGAGUGAGGACCUUCGGGGGCUGCCUGUAGAGGUGCCUGUGCUUUUUGUCUCGGGCACCAAGGACAACAUGUGUGACAGGACUCUCCUGGAGGAUGUGGUGAAGGAGAUGAAGGCCCCAGCUACCGUGCACUGGGUGGAAGGGGCCAGCCACGGGCUCAUACUGAAGGGGAGGGCUGAGGAAUCUGUCAUGGAUGAAGUGAACUCACGGGUCCUCUCCUGGGUUUUGCAGCACACCUGACGCUUUGUGGUCUACUGUUCAUGAAAUAAUGAAUUGAUUUAUGUGUGACUAAGUUGUUGCCUGUUACCAAUAUUGUUUUCCCAAAUAUGACGUGGGAUAGCAUAGAUGUUAUCUACAUCCAAAUAGUAAAUAAACUGUCAAUAAAAUGUUAUCCGACAAUGUAGCAACUAGCCUGUAUGGCAUGGCAGAUGGGUCUGGUUAUAGGCAUUCACAUUUUCUUUCAUGAAGCGUCAUCGCAAAGAGAUCGCUAGAGAUACUUUGCACUGUAUCUUUAAACCAAAUGUUGACGUAAAUGCGUAUUCGAUUCUGAUUGGUGUAUACAUGCACUUCCGUGUUUGUGCUGAGAAUUCAGCA